AUGUCACCAAGAUCUGUAAUACUAUCUGUAGUGGCAACUGCUGCUGUUACUAUUGGAUUAGUAGAAGCGUUCCAUUGCUAUGAAAGAAAGAAAGUGGCACCACAAACCACACCUGUCAAACGAGACCACUCUGAAGAAUUGAUUCGUGAACAAUUAGCCCGAAACUAUGCCUUUCUUACUGAAGACGGCAUGGACAAGGUGCGUAAGCAGCGAGUUGUGGUUGUUGGAGCAGGUGGUGUUGGCUCCUGGGUUGCCACCAUGUUGGCGAGAUCAGGUGUUGAAAGUUUGCGUAUCAUUGAUUUUGAUCAAGUGUCGUUGAGCUCAUUGAAUCGACAUGCAGUAGCAACAUUAAAAGAUGUUGGGAUCCCCAAAGUGGAAUGUAUCAAGAACCAUUUAUUGGAAAUCGCUCCUUGGAUAGAGAUAGAUACCCGCAAUCAGUUAUGGAACCUAGAGCUGGCAGAAGAGUUGAUUUAUAGCGAUGGUUUCCAGCCAACAUUUAUUGUUGAUUGUAUUGAUAAUUUGGACACAAAGUGUGACUUGUUGACGUAUUGUUAUGAAAAGAAGUUGCCGAUUGUAUCUUCGGGUGGAGCAGCCACAAAGCUGGACCCUACUAGAAUUAAUUUGGCUGAUAUUUCCAAAACCGAAGAAGAUCCGUUGAUGAAGAAAAUCAGAGUAAUUCUCAAGAAACGUGGGAUUGUUAAUGGUAUACCUGUUGUGUUUUCAGCAGAAAAGCCUGAUCCGAGAAAGGCCAAGUUGUUGCCGUUGCCCGACGACGAAUUUACCAAGGGAGAUGUUGAUCAGUUGUCGGCCUUGAAGGAUUUCCGAGUGAGAAUCUUGCCGGUUUUGGGUACAAUGCCUGGUAUGUUUGGAUUGGCCAUUGCUACAUAUAUUUUAACUACUGUGGCCGGGUAUCCCAUGGAGCCGGUUGAAGGCAAGAAUAGGUACAAGAUUUAUGACGACUUGUUGCAAAGUCUUGCUGGACAGCAAACAAGGAUAGGCAAGACCGACCAACGGGUGCAGAUAGCCAUGCAUGAAGUUAAUUAUGUGUUGGAGGAGGUUUUCCGUGGGAAAUCGCCGAUAUCGAAUUAUUCUACACGUUUGACAUUAUCUCGAUGGGACCCCAGUAAAGAAAUAUCGUUGCAGAAUGUUGUUGUGAUGACUAAAGACGAACAAAGAAAUCACGAAAAAAGAGUCCUCAAUGGCGGUGAAAAGAUCGAAGAUGUGUAUCUGAAGGAGGUGGUUGAUUUGGUGAAAUCAAGAUUCGCAGAUGAAAAGUAUUUUUCUCAGUUUAGAUAA